AUGCUUUGGAUUGUUAGAUAUUGUAUACCUCUCUGGGCCUUUGAGACACACAACUUUGUACUAAAAUUCUACUGCACUUUCGCUUUCAUCGCAGAUACGAUCCCUAUAGCAAAGUGUUUUCCAGGGAAUAUUACGAUAUUGAUGCCAUGUUUCAAGCGAGGAAAGACGCCAUAACUACAGCAUCAAGAGCUAAGAAAUUUGGACUCAUUCUGAGUACAUUAGGAAGGCAAGGAAGUCCAAAGGUGCUAGAGGUAUUGCAUACAGCUAAAAUGUGAAAAUUUUAUGAGUAAAUAUACUUUUUGAACGGAGUUCUACUUUGUGUGAUUCAAAAUUAAACCUUUAGUUGUGUGUUGAAAGUAAUCGGCAAUCAGUUCGCCAUGUCAUGGGUUGACUGACGUGAACAAUCCAAGCUACCCUCUCAACCAAUCUGGUGCAAGGCAAAUACCAAUCGUGACUCGGUCAAUAAUAUUGCUCUCACUGUACCUUUUAAUUUUAGUUCCCAUCGGGUUUUGAUUAUAUUUUCCAACAUAGUGAUUGGACAUCUGCUGGUGACUACUAUGUUUUUGGUAUUACGGCACACUAUCGAAAUGCACUUUAAUACAUGACUUAUUAACUCUCUCUGGAUAAAAUCAAGUCAUUCUCGCAUCUAAAUAUAAGUUUUUCUGAUGCAAUUAACUUUGGGGAAGGCUGCAAAUUUAAAUUUAAAUUCUCCAGUUUUCUUACGAUGUAAUGUGUGGAAUAUUUUCGUCUAUGCAGAGGAAUCUCUAUUUUUUGGGCAUCCUUAUUUAAACGUUUUCUCUACUUGAGGGACACAAACUUUGAUUAAAACCCUUGUAUUCGAUGCCGUCAUUGAGGGGACACCCCUAGUUCAGGGAUAUUUUGCUCGUGACGGUUAUUAUUCAUGUUAUCAUCUUUUCCAAAGAGCUCAUAAAACAGAUUUCAUGAAUCCUUUCAUCUUUUAAUUUUAUCCGCAGAAGUUAGAAGAACGAUUCAGCAAGGCGGGCCUGGAAUAUGUAAUUGUACUUAUGUCUGAAAUAUUUCCGGGUAAACUUGGAUUGUUCGAGGACGUGGAAGCGUAAGUUGCUUUUCUUUUUAAGAUGUGAAAACUGCUUUCCGUCGAUAAGAUAAGAUAAGAUAAGAACCGUCUUCACGUAAAUUCUGUUUUGUCAAUUGUCCUUAACAAAAAAUCGCAUAAUCAGGACGUGAAAUUGCGCCCAAUACAGGCGCCAAUGCGACUAAAUUUUUCACUUUGGCGACCAAAUCCUGAAAAUUAGUCGCCAAAUUGGCGACUAGAAUGUUUCAUCAUACCCUUACCAAGAGAUCUAGUGAAUUAAAAAGAUUUGCAAAGACAAAUCCGCGUCAAACUUCCUCGUUAAGUUCGUUUCCAAAAUGCAGCACAUGCAUCUCGAUCGAUAACUAGACGCCAUCUUUGAUUUAGGUGAGCUUAAACGUUGCAUAUCAUCCAUCCUAGUGUCCAUUUUGUAGCACGUUAAAGAUCUUUUCCCCUACUUAAUUUCUAGAACGAUGACAGCGUAAAAAAGAGGUUGUCUUGGUCAUGUCAUUCGUUUCCUGCUGUGUAGGAAAUUAAAUCAUUGUCAUUUUAAACAUCGGAAUCAACGAGUCUCUUACCUGUGAUCUUUGAUUAAAAUCCUAAGAGGGCACAAAAGACUAGAAAUAGAACGGCACUAGAUACCAACGAAACAAUGGAUGAAAACACUAGUAUACUAAGCUAAAGGAGAGACUAACGUAACAAUCGAAUGUAAGGCGGUCCUAAGACUGCGCGAGACAGUUACGAGAUAGGUAAUGCGCGGAGAUGCUGUCGUAACAGUGUAAUCAAAGAACAUCCUAAAACUGCCUGAGAUACCGAAGUAACAAUCAACUGAAAGAGAAACUUAAAGAGAAAACAGAGAUAGAAGCUAAAAAAUUAGCUACUAACAUAAUCCAAUCUUAGAAAAUCCUAAAAAUGCGCGAGACACUAACGUAACUUUCCAAUGAAGGAAUAUCCCGAAAGUGGGCAAAACACGAACCAAACAAUCAAAAGCGCAAAAGGGCACGAAGCAGUAGUGAAUGAAAGGGAAUCCUUAAACGGCACAAGAUACAAAUGCAACAAUCAAAUGAUAAAGAAUCUUUAAAGAGCGCGAGAUACUACCGUAGCAAUCCGAUGAAAGAAAAUCCUAAAAGUGUGCAAGAUAUUAACGUUAGAAUUAAAUGAAAGAAAAUCCUGAAAGUGCACGAGGUGCUGUGACAAAAUCCAAUAAAAGAGAAUUCUUAAGGUGAGCGAGAUACUAACGUAACAGUCCAAUGAAGGAGAAUUCUUAAGAUGCACGAGGUACUAACGUAAUAAUCUAACGAAAGAGAAUUCUUUAAGUGCGCGAGGUACUAACGUAAUAAUCUACAAAGUGGAAUUCUAAAAGCGGUUAUGGUACUAACGUAACAAUCC